CAUUACAAUCAGAUUAUUACUAAACCUUCUUUUAUUAAACAAUUAGCAGAUAAAUCAAGUUUUUUAAAUUUAGAUAAGAGCGAAAGAAAAAGAUUAAAGUUUUCUAAUAAAAAAAUUUUUGUUGAUUUUGGUACUCAAGUUAAUCUAGCUUUCAUCGAUUUUGGUAUUCAAGUUAAUUUAGCUUCUGUUGACUUUGGAGUUCAAGUAUCUUUGCCAGAUCCAACAUAUGAAAAUCUUUUAAAGCAAAUUAGUAAACUAGAAAGUACUAAUAAACAAUUAUUACUUGCAGAACAAAAUCUAAUUGUUGUAAAGUUUAUAAAAACUCUUACUUAUAAUGAAAAUGAACAACAACAAAAAGAGAAGCUUUUUAAAAAUACUGUAGCUAUUGAUACUAUAUAUAGAUCAAAGUACUUAAAAUAUGUUUCUGCAAUCAAUUUGACUACUUUAGCAAUUAAAUAUUUAUUAGCAAGGUCAAAAAUGAUUGUGGAUAUCAACAAUCAUAUUAUUAGUUCUGAUCCUUGGUUACAUUCUGAACUUACCCAAAAGCAAUAUAAAGAAUUAUUUUAUUUAAUAUUAGAUAUAGAAAAUAAAAUUCAUGAAGAGCUUACUAAUUAUCUCUCAAUUAUUUUAGAAGAACUUUGUAUUGAAAAAAAGCAAGAAACAAAUGUAAUUAAUAACUUGAUAUGUAAUCAAAGUCAAGCAGGUUGUAUAAAAAAAUGUUCAGUUUGUAAUACUUCUAAUAUUAAUAACAAAAAGCAAGUUUGUUCUAUAUACUGUAAUAGAUUACUGAUGAUUACUGAAAUAAAUCAGCAGUUUGAUGAAUCAGCUAAUAUAGUAAAUACUAAUAAAAAGUCUCUAGUUAUUAAUUCUUAUAUAUUUGGAGAAUUAAGUAAGCAAUAUUUAGCUCAUGAAGUUUAUACAUCACAAGUAUUUAUUCCUGAUCUAAUAGGAGUUAAUUCUAACUCAAUUGCUAAGUUUAAAAGUUUCUUGAACAUAUUGAAGAAAUAUCUAGAGUUAAGAAAAAUAAUUGUAAAUAGGUUGUAG